GUAAGGUUAUGAAUUCUCACACACAAUUUCUCUUACUCCGAAUGAGAGAUCAGUUCUUAGCAGUACAUUUUUAGACAAAAGUUGAUAAUUUAUCACACAAAUCAAAAGUCAUCAAAAUACAGUUUAAUAAGUCAAAGGUGGCCUGUUGAAUCCUGCACGUUAAUUGUAACCUGUACAGGACAAGGGUGUUAACAUAUGCCCAAGCAGCUGUGUGGAUUGAGACGCAGAGACGCAGACGCAGGUCUUGUAACAAUACUGACACAAGGACAGGCACCAUGACCCUCGUUCUCCACGGCAUCAAUGUCAGUCCACCUGUGCGUGCGGUCAUGAUGGUGCUGGCUGCGCUAAAUUUACCGUACGACUUCAAGGAGGUCAACAUAAUGAAAGGAGAGCAGUUAUCUCCCGAGUUCCUUAAGAUGAAUCCUACGCACACUGUACCUGUUCUACAAGAUGGAGACUUCUUUAUAGGGAACAGUCAUGCCAUUGCCAUGUAUUUAGCAGAAAAGGCUGGUGACAACCAGUUGUAUCCAAACGACUUGCAGACGAGAGCGGCGUUACAUCAGCGCCUUUUUUUCGAUGAUGCCACACUCUAUGCAGCAUUUAAAACACUGACGACUCCCAUCUUUGCCGAGGGCCAUGCAGAAGUACCAGCCAAACAGCGAAAGGCGGUAGAAGACACGCUCGACAUCCUCGGGAAGCUGAUCCAAGAAAAGGGUUGGUUGGUGGGCAACAGCCGAACAAUUGCUGACAUUUGCACGUGCGCAACCGUCUCGACUAUACUGGCGUUGGAGCCAACACUGAACGUGCCACAAAACGUGUCACAGUGGUUUAAGCAAUGUGAGCAACUUCCUGGGUAUGCAAAGGAUAACAAACCUGGUGUCGAUGUAAUUAGUAACAUGUUCGCAAUGAAGAAAAAAGCAAACGCAUCGUAAUCAUCAGUACUGCAGCGAAUCCAAAAAACGAAUCAACAGGGAAUGAGGCCAUGGCUCGUGGAAACUCUUGGUCAUUAUAACGAAUUAUGUUAUAGAGUUUGUAGAAAUAGCCAACAAUAUGAGAUAUAAAGCACACUGACGUAAGCUCAAGCACAACCAA